AUGCCGGUGUACAGGAUCCGCGGCGUCGACGUCGACUUCCCCUUCGACGCCUACGACUGCCAGAUCACCUACAUGGACCGCGUCCUUGAAUCCCUCCAGCAGGGAAAAAACGCGCUGCUGGAGAGCCCCACGGGGACGGGGAAGACGCUGUGCCUUCUCUGCUCGGCGCUGGCGUGGCGCCGCACCUUUGGGGAGUUUCUGCGUGGAGGAGGCGGCGGGGGUGGUGGUGGCGGCGGCGGUGGGAGCCAGCCGUCGCCAUAUGGGAGCCAGCCUUCUGGGAGUCAGCGCUCGGGAGAUUCUGGGUCACAGUCGUCGCCGUACCCCGUGAUCAUCUAUGCCUCCCGGACCCACAGCCAGCUCCGGCAGGUCAUCAAGGAGCUCAAGGCCACCAAUUACAGGCCAAAAAUGGCAAUACUGGGUUCCCGUGAGCAAAUGUGCAUCCACAAUGAAGUGAGCAAACUCCGGGGAAGACAACAGAACAACGCCUGCCACUACCUCUGCAAGAAACGGUGGUGCCGCCAUCAUAACUCUGUCACUGAAUACAUGAGGAACAGCAGUGAGCUUGGAAAUGAGGCUUUUGACAUUGAAGACUUAGUUAAUAUUGGGAGAACUAAGGGCCCGUGUCCAUAUUACAUCUCUCGGGAACUUUCAAAGUCGGUUGAUAUUCUUUUUGCUCCUUACAACUAUCUUAUUGAUCCAGGAAAUCGACGUUCUUUAAAUGGAAUACCAUGGGAUAAUGCAGUACUUAUAUUUGAUGAAGCACACAACCUGGAGAGUAUAUGUGCAGAUGCUGCAUCUUUUGACUUGCUUCCCAAUAACCUCUCUUCUUGCAUUGCGGAAGCUCAGGAAUGCAUCCAAUUGUGUUCAGCAAAGAGGUCCAUUGAAAGUUCUGCCGAUAAACAAUUUGACCCUGAAAAUUAUGCUAUCCUCAAAGCCCUUUUAAUGGCACUUGAAAAAAAAAUUACUGAGCUGGUGAUUGAGUCCAAGGAGAUGGGCUAUACAAAACCAGGGAAUUACAUGUAUGAGUUCCUCUCCGAACUGAAUAUUACUUCUGAAACAUCCAAAAAGCUGAUUGACACAAUUGAUAGUGCUUCUCUAUUACUUGAGGAAGGAAAUUCUGCUGAAACUGGACCUGGGAUGAAGGCUAAGGCUACUGUAUGUAGAUUGGAAACAAUCAGGGAUAUUCUUGACAUAAUAUUUAGGGGUGGUGGUCAAAGCCAUGCAAAGUAUUAUCGUUUUCAUGUGAAUGAUUGUCAACAAACUUCUGGAGAUGCACUGAAAGUUUUGGGUAAGGUAUCAAGGACUCUUAGUUGGUGGUGUUUUAACCCAGGGCUUGCUAUGGAAGAGUUUCUGAAAUUGGGUGUCCGCUCGAUUAUAUUAACAUCUGGCACUUUAUCUCCGUUGGAUUCGCUUGCCAUGGAACUAAACCUUGAAUUUCCAGUUAGGCUAGAGAACCCACAUGUCAUUGCUUCAGAUCAAAUCUGGGUUGGAGUUGUGCCUGUGGGCCCAUCAGGACAUCCACUUAAUUCUUCUUAUCGGACCCGUGAGACUCUGAAAUACAAACAAGAAUUGGGUAUAGCUAUUGUUAAUUUUGCCCGCAUUGUACCAGAUGGUCUUCUUGUUUUUUUCCCGUCAUAUUCUAUGAUGGACAAGUGUAUCAACUGCUGGAAAGAUAUGAACCAUGAAAAUUCAACGGAUGAGCACACAAUCUGGCAACGAAUCUGCAAGCACAAGCAACCAGUUAUCGAACCUAGGCAGUCAUCAAACUUUCCAAAUGCAAUCGAGGAUUAUGCAGCCAAGCUACGUGAUUCUUCCACUACCGGGGCAAUAUUUUUUGCAGUCUGUCGUGGCAAAGUUAGCGAGGGCCUUGAUUUUGCUGAUCGUGCUGGAAGAGCUGUAAUAGUUACUGGAAUGCCCUUUGCCACCCCGACCGAUCCUAAGGUUCGGCUCAAGCGCGAUUAUUUGGAUAAGCAGGGCACAUCAUCUAACAAGAACUCAAAGGCUUUGACAGGGGAGGAGUGGUAUGUACAACAAGCAGCAAGGGCUGUCAAUCAGGCUGUUGGACGUGUCAUUAGACAUCGCCAUGACUAUGGAGCAAUUAUUUAUUGUGAUGAAAGGUUUGUUUGGCAAAAUUAUCAAUCUCAGAUGUCAUAUUGGCUGCGACCUUACAUAAAGUGCUAUAAAAAGUAUGGAGAAGUAGUCCAAGGGUUAACCAGAUUUUUCCGAGAUAAAGCGUCUAUGGAUUCUUCAAAGCCAAAAGAGACAGAUUUUAAUGAUAGUAUUGUACCGCUUGCAGCCAAACAUACACCUCAGGCUGCUACUACAACAAAUGAGAACCAGGGAACUACAAUAUCUCUGAACGCAGCUGCCGCAAGAAGUAACUAUAUCAAGUUUGCCCAGAUCACUCCUGCCAAUCGCUCUGCCCUUUCUAUGAAACAUGGUUAUUCAUCUACCUCAGAGCGCUUGUCCUCUGAAGACCAGUCUACGGAUGCUCAGAUUGUUGAUUUGACUGCUGAUGUGACAACACAUGGACAUCUAGCACGACAUACAUUCAAGUCCUCAGGGGUUAAAAAAGCUAAAGUAAUGGUUGGAUCCAAAGAUGCUAUUUGUUUUGAUGACAGAUCUCCAAAAUUACAACAUAAUGUUGGGUCAAGAGCUUUGGCUGGGUUGUUAGGUGAGCGAUCUACAGCUUCAUCAAACAAAAGUAAUAUUGAACUGCCUGGAAACAGUAGUUGUAUUCAUGAGAAGUCUGGAGGCCAGGAAUCUAAUGCAGGGCCAGCCUUCUUGAAGCUGGCUCGAGAAAAGCUUAGUACUGCAGAAUACAGAGGUUUUGUUGAAUAUAUGAAGGCCUUGAAACUGAAAACCAUGCACAUCAAGGAUUCACUUGAUGCAAUAGCAAAACUGUUUUCGUCUCCAGAGCGACUCCCACUUCUUGAAGGGUUCAGGGUUUUUGUUCCAAAGAAUCAUCUUCCUUUAUAUGAGCAGCUUGUUCAAAGCUAUACUAUGCCUAAUACGUGACGACUUGAUCUGGUGAACUAUCUAAAGAUCAAGUUCUGGAAACUUCCAUGGUGAAUGCAACCUGUGCUUCCCAUUUCAUAUUUUUACCCUUGAGUUCUUAAACGUCAAUUCAAACAGUAGAAUUAUUCCCAUCAUUUGGUACGCGGGGGCCAUUGAAGAAGAAAUUUUUCAUGCCAGCCAGUGCGUUGCAGAUAGUGGAGUAUAUGUAGCUUAGGAUGGAGGUGAGUCCACAUAUGGGUACCUUAUUGGCCCACUAGCUCAACUGAGAAUGUACGUUCAUUGCUAGUGAAACUGCGUUAUUAGCUAAACUGGAGUGGGUAACGGGUAAUGUGGUGGGCUGCCCACUUGUCUCUUUGUGUAGGUCUCAAUUGUAAAUUAAAUCAAUACCUUGAAUAUAAUUAUCUUUUGUUACUUUUAUGGGAAACUUUAAUACACAUUUGAAAUAAUUUGUUGUGUUAUAGAUUGACCCAACCUACCUGAUGGUUUCUGUUGAGAUGACGUGCUUC